CCGCCGUCGUCGUCGCCUUCUGCUGCUGCUGUUACCAUCGCCCUCCCUAGUCUUACCCACCUGUAUGUCUAGAACCUUGUAUACAUGUCAGCCAGCCAGUCGGCCCGGUUGCUUGCUGAACAUUUCCAUGCAGGUUGAAGAAUGAAAUUAAGGGAGCAGCACGUUCUAAAACUAUUGUGAAAAGCGUACAACGUUGGCUAAUGUACUAUGCUGGCUGAGGGGCAGGUUACCAAUGAAACAAAUGCUCAACUUAACCUGGUCAAGCUGACAGACAACUUCAUGGUAUUGGCAAACACCAAACUGAACUAUAAUAUCUGGGGCAAUUGACAGAGGCAUUGACUGUGAUAAACAUCUAACUGUGAUACAGAAUGAAUACAGCCUCCAAAAUUGCACCUACAAGCUCUAAGUACACCGUACAAGUGGUCACAAAAUACAUGUGUCGCAACUGUGGCCAGCAGUUUGAAUCUACGGAUGAUAUGGAUGCUCACAUUGAAACACACAAUCGGGGAAAUCCACCGCACAGCUGCUUCGUGUGCGGCAAGUCGUAUCGCACGCCCUCCAAGCUGCGGCGUCACGUUCGCGUACACAGCGGUGAGAGACCGUAUGCCUGCAGCCUGUGUGAGCGACGUUUUACGCGUUCCGACCAUGUUAAGCAGCACAUGAAGGUGCAUCAACCCCAACGGCAGCGCAAUCAGUGCCGACUGUGUGGGCUACGCUUCAGCAAACCAGCCACACUCUACACCCACCUUCAAGGCCAUGGUAUCGAAACCUUGCACAUGUGCGAUUUAUGCGGAGAGACAUUUCGGGAGGAGGACCACUUAGCUAGACACAAGAGAGUUCACCACGGCGGUGGUGGCGGUAACGGUGGAGUCGGUGGUGGUGGUGGCGGUGGUGUUGGCAACAUCAACAGCAACAGCAAUAACAGCAACAACAACAGCCAGGAUACAAUGCACCAGAAUGCUGUCAGUACGACAACACUCGUAAGCGAUGAUAUUGAGCAAGAAUUUAAGAUGGAUCAUAAUAACGAUGAGAAUGUAAAUGCUCUUUCCAUUGCCUGUUUUGGUAUGAGUGCAACAGGCAGCAACAGACUAACACCUGUACGCAUCCUUCCAGAUGAAAGCCGGCCAGCCUCCAACGAACAGCCUCCUCAUUGUAUGAUAAGGCUUGACAAUCCAGACAGAUUCCUGGAUCAGAGAAUGUGCGACGAUUAUGAAAACAAUGCACUGAACUUAAGCACGAAACCAGACGUCAACACCACCCUGUCCUCCUGUUACACGCCCACUGAAUCCACUCCUGUGACAAACCACAACCUAACAUACAUCAAAACAGAGCCAAUCAACAAUGGCGUAGGCAUGUAUAUGACGCCUAACUACUCAGGAGAGGAAAGAAACGACGAUUUGGGUGAACGUGGAGAGGAGAACUCUUCUUUGUCUGAAGAGCGGUUCACCGCAAGCUCUCCACUGAUGCAAACUCCAUACGCACAUACUUUGCAAACGACUACAACAACUACUACGACUACAAACGGAGGCACGAUUGCCUCUCUCUUGCAACAACACACAGAUUCGAUACCACCAUCCUUUUCACUGCAACGAAAUUCCCCACAUUCUUCUGAGUCUUACCCACAGCCAUUCCCAGGAAAAAGAUACCAUCAUUGUAUGUCUUGUGGUAUCUGGUUCGAAGAUCUGGCUAUGAGUAUGCUUCACAAUAGUUUACAUUACACAGAUGGUCUCAAUGAAUUCUCCUGUAAGAAAUGCUCGAAAAAACUGAGCAACAGGCUGGAAUUCACAGCACAUUUAGUCUGGCACCUGGAACCUAACACUCAAUGAAGAAGAAUAAUUAACGAGGAAAAAAAAUAAUAAAUAAAUAAAUAAAAGCACUUAAAAAAAAAAAAUCUUAUUGAUGGUGGCUAAAGGGAGAUAAUAGUAAAUUUUGGUGUCACCAGCAAAGCCAGCAGAGUAAAAUUGUGAAAAGCAAAUGAGAGAAUGAUAGCGCUUGGGUAAAUAAAGAUGAUGAUAAUUAUCAUCAUCUUAAUAAUAAUAAUAAUAAUAAUAAUAAUAUUAAUAAUAAUAAUAAUAAAUAAUUAUAAUGAAUAUAAAGAGAAAAUAUAUAUAUAUAUAAUAUGAAUUAUAAUGAUAUAAGUAAAAAGAGAGACUAAUACAUUGUAAAAAAAAAAUAAAUAAAAUAAUAUAAAAUACAGACAAGCAGGAAAAUGAGGCAAGAUCAACAGAUCAAUUUAUAUGAAAUGGAAAAAAAAAAUGGGAUUUUGUUGUCCCAUGGGAAUUUUUGUUCUUGUUAUAUUUUUUAACUGUAAAAUUGGACCAAUUUUUAAAUUGUUUAAACCUACAGAUUCCUAUAUUAUGAAUGUGUUUCCAACAUUUAUCGAAGACGAAAACAAACAAACAAAAAAAAAAAAAAUGAUUUA